AUUCUGUUUUCCAUUAGUGCACUUUUAAGAACUUCUUGUAGGUUUGCUCAUCUCUGACACCUGCAGGCAGCCUAAAAAAAAGAACAAAACACAAAUGACUCACACGUUCUUGCAUGUGCUUCUGACUGACAUUUAAUAAAACAAACAACAAAAACAAAACAUUAAUUCAACUGUUAAUUAUUUCAGACACGAAAAAAGAACGCCCUCCCCUCAAAAGCAAAAACAACAUUUCCCUUCAGAGUCUUUAUAUUAGGAUCCAUAUUUGAAAAAUAGUAAUGAGGGCUGAGAAAGUGUAUUGCAUUUCCUGUCAGGAAGUCGUCAGACACACGUUCUGAAGACGACGGCAGCUUGUACAUACGUAUAGAAAAUGAAUCUUGUUCUUCAGUGUGUUAUUCUCCUGUUCUUAUCAUUUCAAUAUGAAGCAUCCAGAGCUGUGACCUCCGUGUUUGUGAAGAAGGGACAUGAUGUACAGCUGGAUGUUAAGGAAGAUGAUGUUCCUGAGGAUUUCUCAUUUUUUGCAUGGAAAUUCAAUGGAACAAAACAUUUAGUAUCAUUUGUAAGUGCUGGAAAACCAAGAGUUUCUAAUCUUUACACUGGAAGAGUUGAGUUUUUAACUUACACUGUAAAGUUGAAGAAUGUACAAGAGACAGACAGUGGAGUUUAUACUGCAGUAUUUACAGAAGAUAAAGACCAAACAGCAGCUAUUUACAGUGUCACAGUUCAAGCUCCAGUGUCUCCAGUUAAUCUGACUGUGGACUCAGUGUCCAGCAGCUCAGACUCCUGUAACCUCACUGUGACCUGCAGGACACAGGACUCUCACAUCAGCACCACUUUUACAUGUGUCAAUCAAACCUGCAGUGAAGAUGGAGACGGAUCAAAAGCUACAACCUCUGCUGCUGAUCUUCGUGUCUACCUUGAGAAUGACUCCAUUAACUGUAACCAUAGCAACCAGAGGCCAAAGAAUCACGGAGCCAUGUUGCUGUAUUUGUUUUUGUGCCUGUUGUCAUCAUUAUUGGUAUGCUCUUUGUUAUAUGAAGAACAGAAAAAAGAAAAUAUUCACUGUGGAAAACACAGUGUAUGCAGUUACUAAUGUUCCUACAGGUCAAACUCAGGGCAGUGAUAAUUGAAACCUUCCUUCAAACUCCACCUACUGCUUGGUCGUGUCUCACGCUGGAUCCAGCAGAUCUGAGACCAGCCAUGCUCUGCCACAGAGUGUGUAUGCUUUGGUGGAGAGACCAGUCGCUCAUCACCCCUGACACUCUUCAUCCACUCCAUCAUCUCCUCCUCCUCAUCUCUCUUACUAUUUUAACAUCUUCCACCUGAUCAUUUUACCACCACGUUUGUUUAUCUAUAAAAAGUGACAAGUUAUCGUUCAGAAUAAAAAACAAGUCAGAAGCCUGUAGAGCUGCUGUCUGCACAUGCUCUGACAUAAACCAAUAUGUAGUUUCACUAUUAUUCCAUGAAGACCAAAAGUUCUGUCACUGCUCAAACCUUUGAAAUCAAAGUUUUGUUUCUGUUGAAUUUAAUGUGGAAAGCUUCUGGUCAUCUGUUUGGAUAAAUGUUUAAGUUUGACAGCAAGUCAAGUUUUUGCUUAGCCUCUGAAAGUACCUUGCUGUGUAUUUUGACCAUUGCCUGUCCCUGUUCAUGUUUUUGCCUGCACCUCAUCGGAACCUGGUUUUUCCUGCGCUGUGAAUGACCAUUGCCUGUCUGACUACAAGCUAUAAAACCUCCUGUUUUA